AUGAGUAAUUCUAAAUUAUACACUCCAAAUGAUCUCAUUGAACUUGAAAAUCAAAAGCGUUACUCCUCAAUAGGAAAGAGUAAUUCUUUAAAAAUCAUCUAUUUCUAGUGUUAGAUUCUUUGAAGCAGACUGCACCUGCAUAUAGCUUCGGAUCAUCAACCAGAUAUUAAGAAUAAUCUAUAUAUCGAGAUAAGAAAUUACUUCAAAAAGGGAAACAUAGUCCAGGGCCUUGUUAUAAUUCCUCUAAUUUCAUAAAAGAGCUUUUAUUUAAAAAUACAGCUGUGAAAAUAGGAACAGCGAAAAGGAAUUUUCUAAAUUCAACUUAAUAUGAUUAUUACGCAAGACAGGAUAAAGAUGUAUUACAUCAUAUUAAAAAUUUAAUAGUUUGAACCUCAUAAGGCAAAUGAUUUUCGAAAAAUGCAUUCCACUAUUGUUAAAAUUGGUCUUGCCUAACGUUUCAAAACAGAUUAUAAAAAUAAAGUUCCUGGACCUGAUCAAUAUGACAAUCUCAUUAAAACAAUAGGACCUCAGUUUACUAUAGCUCCCAGAAGACCAAUUUCUAAAUCAUUUCAAGGUUCUACUCCUGAUUUAAUUGGUCCUGGAGCUUAUGAUUUAAACAAAUCAUUGGAUAUCACUCACGAAAGCUAACCUAGUAUUGGAUUCACAAAAGGUGAUAAAAUGAAACCAAUUAAGAGUUUUGAUAAGAAUUAAACCUAUUAUACUAAGUAUUCUUUAUUAAAUAACCUUAGGGGUUCUAUUGGAGUGCAAAUAAAAUCAAACUGCAUUACUAAACCAUGUUUUUCUAUAGGCAAGGAAAGUAGGGAUGUCAAGACAGGUAUUUUUAAGAGAGAUAUGGAAGGUAUUGAAAGAAAAAUAAAAAUAUCAAUGCCUAAAUUUUGA